GGCCAAGGAGAUCAAGACUAAAUUGGGAGUUUUGCUGCAGAAGCCCGACAAUGCCAUCGACCUCAUCGUCCCGUACCCGGAGAAGGUUGAGAAGAAGCCGGAGAAGCUGCAGAAACCAACUCCUGACGAGGCUGCUCAGUGGCGUGAGAGUCUGGAUCGGGUCCUGAACAACAGCUGUCAACAUCGACCACGUCACCAAAGACGUGACCCUGAGGAACCUGGUGGAUCUCUCUCCUUCCACCUUUGACCUGGCUCAGAAGCGGGUCUACGCCCUGAUGGAGAAAGACUCCUUUGGCCGUUUCCUYCGCUCUGAGCAGUACCAGGAGCUCCUGGUCAACUAAACCCACGUGAGGGUCUGUGGGGAGGUGGAGGGGUUUCAUUACUCAUUACUUACAAACAACCGGUCUGUAAAAAAAUGUCAUUUUUAAAAAGCGGCAUCAUAAAACUCCAAAUUUUAAAACUCAAAAUUUGAAUUAKAUUUUGAUUUCAACUCUUAAAUAAAAAGUACCUCCCCACUGAA